UUUUGCUUACAAAACAAAUAAACAGCAAUACGCCAAACAGCUGAUUUGUUAGACUAAGUGAUUACAUAUUUUCUCUCUCUAGAACGCAAUAUUAGGAAACAUGUACAGGAAAACUAUUAGUAGUGCAUCCUACCUACGAACAGCCGUAUUAGGUAUUCCACAAAUUAUAACCAAAUCUCCGCGUAGGCAUGUCACAUUUCUCGGAAAGCCGACAAAGUUGCUUGUCGCUCAAAAUGCGAUUGAGCGACUUCCUAUUCGGACAAUGUUUAUUCAAACACAGGACACCCCAAAUCCAGACAGCCUGAAGUUUCUACCGGGGGUACUGGUGCUAGAGAAAGGACAAACAAUGGAUUUCCCAACACCUGCUUCAGCUCUAUGUAGUCCACUAGGCAAACUGUUGUUUCGGAUUGAGGGAGUUCGGUCAGUUUUCUUUGGAGCUGAUUUUAUAACCAUUUCAAAACAGGAGGAAGCCGAAUGGCGUUUGAUAAAGCCGGAGGUGUUUGCCGUCGUGAUGGAUUUUUUCGCUUCCGGUUUGCCGGUCAUAACCGACGUGAAGCCCAUGGGAGAUACACAGAUCAACGAAGAUGACGACGAAACGGUACAGAUGAUCAAAGAACUACUGGACACGCGAAUUCGACCGACGGUUCAAGAAGACGGUGGGGAUAUUAUUUUCAUGGGCUACGACGACGGGAUCGUGAAACUGAAGAUGCAAGGUUCCUGCUCGUCCUGUCCCAGUUCUAUCGUGACGCUGAAGAAUGGAGUGCAGAAUAUGCUGCAGUUCUACAUACCGGAGGUGGUCUCGGUAGAACAGGUAACCGAUCAGGUCGACGAGGUAACCGAGAAGGAAUUUGAAAAGUUGGAAAGCAAAAUACAACAGAAAGAGGACAAGUAAUUUGUUAGAGAAUUUCAAUAUAUUCUAGUUCAAAACUG